CGCGAAUGAGUGAGAUGACUGGGUGUGCGGUAGGCAACUGCCUUGUUGACUUGCCAGAUUCGUAUGGCACUCGCUGUUUUCAAUACCCUCUACACACACCCCUGCCAUCAUCCUUCUUCGCCGACACCGUCGAGCGCCUCUACGGCAUCCCUGUCGAGUCGCAGCGCCUGGUCAUCAACGGCCUGGAGCUCUCGAGCCACCCCUUCAUCCAGCCGUCCCUCAUCGACCAAGGAUGCUCGUUGAAGGUGCUGUUGCGUCUGGUGGGCGGCAAGGGGGGAUUCGGGUCGCUGCUGCGGGGCCAGAAGGGUCGUCAGAAGAAGACCACCAACUUCGACGCCUGCCGUGACCUCUCCGGCCGCCGCAUCCGCCACGCACAGGCGGUGAAGCGCAUCAAGGACUGGCUGGAGAAGAAGAAACAGGACGACGAUCUCGUCAAGGCGCUGGGUGGGGGGGAAGCGGCCGUGACCAAGCAGCCGCACCAGCCGCAGCAGCAGCAGGCAGCUCCUGCUGUCGGUCUGGACGGCACGUACAUCAAGGCUUUGAAGCAGCGUGCGGGGACGAUGAAGGACAUCGUGCGGGAGGGGCUGACUGAGGAAAGGAAGCGCACCGCCGAGCUGGCCAAGAAGCGGCCGCAGCCGUCGGGCAACAUCAAGCGCCUGUGGUUCGAAGAUCCAUCACUCAUCGACGACGAGGAUGCCGAACAAGACCAGGACACCAAGGAGGAGGAGAAGGCAAAGCCGGCGUCGUCGUCUCUCUCGCCGCCCAAGAAGAUGCCACCCACCGCCUUCAAGGCGCCUCCGCCCGUCCCCGCCCGCUCCGCUCCCCCCACCCCCUCUGUCCCCUCCAAGACCCCCGACACGCCCAUCGACAGACCCCCGAGCGUGAACAACGCUGGCACGUCUGAGUCGCCGCUGCCGGCCAUCGACCAGCUGAAGCUGACAUCUUCUCCCUCCCCCACACCCACACCCGCACCCGAUGAGAGAGAGGGCAUGGAGAUCGACGAGAGGAAGAAGGAAGAGGAUGCCAGGUGGGAGAGGGAGGCGGCGGCCAUCGACGUGUCGGCUGCGAGCGGGGCGUGGGAGUCGGCUGAGGGGCUGCUGGAGGUGUACCAUGCGGAUGUGAUCAAGCACAAGCUCAAGCAGCUGGGGCUCAAGUGUGGCGGCACGCCGCUGGCGCGGGCGCAGCGGCUGUUUUUGCUCAAGACCACACCGAUCGACCAGCUGCCCAAGAAACUCAUGGCCAAGAAGACCUAACAACAUGGCAAGAUGGCAAGAUGGGAUGGGAUGCACGUAGCGUAGCGAGCGGCGAAGGGGGGAGGGGCGGUGUAGCUUGCGUGAGAAAGAGGGGCGGGUUGUGGUCGUUGUUGGUGCGCUGCGGUGAUGGUUGUUGCGAGCCCUAUUGGUGCUGGUUUGGAUUGCCGUGUUUGCCGAUUUCAUGCGAACGUUUGUGUGACCAGAUUGUGCAUCGUGGGUGUGUUCGGUCGGCUGAGAUCGAUUACACACGCGGUGCACGAGUCGGGCGAAGACAGACGUUCGCUUGGAGGCGGGCGGAAGACGAUGCGUGUUGGAUGUUUGCCAGACUGGCCAUGCGUGACAGGCGUGUGUGUCAAUUCUUGAAGGACUGUCUGUUGCCAUGGUCCGGUCCUCUUUCAGUUACUUACUUGCACACG